AUGACCCCAAAAAGUGAUGGAUCCUACAAGGUUCCCAAGGAGUUAGUGGAUGCAUGGAAGGCUGGAGAACAUGAUCGAAUUGUCCAGGAUUUUGUGGAUGCUGGUUAUGACAAGGACAGUUUCGUCACCAGAAGUCUCAAGAGAUUGAAGGAAAAGACUUCAGAGCAAGAGAUGUGGGUUGAUGGUGAGUUUGUGUCGGAAACGGACAUGAAAGACCGUCUCAAGCUCUCGGAGCGCGAUCGAUACGAGAAGAACAUCAAGCUCUACUGGUAUGAGGGGAGCGUGAAUGGCCGUAAACUGAAAAGGAAACGCGACACUGUGCUUGAAGAGGACUCCGAUGUUGAGGAACCAGAGCUCAAUAGCGAUUUGGAGUUUGAUGCUGACUGGGGUUUCAAGGAUGCGUUGAAGCAGAUCUCAUUUCCAGAAAUGGAUUCGGAUGGGCUUCCUAGUGCCUACAUCUCCAAAGUCUUAGUAUGCUUAGGCAAGUGGCAAAUGAAGAUGAUGGAUUUGGGUUCGGAGUUUGAAGGUUGCAAAAACGAGUCCAUGAGGCAGUUGGCAUCCAAAGCUGAUGCUCGAUCGCAGGGUUUGUCGGAGCUGGCUGAUGAGCUCACUACGUUGAACAGCAGUGGAAUCUGUGAUGGUUUCACUGGUCAGUGCCGCGAAGCAUUGUGCCUCCAAAGUCGAGCUGUGCCUGUCCUGAAGCACAUGAAGGCGAAGAACCAGCCUCGUGUCAAGCAGGCUCCAGCCAAAACAGUCUCGGAGAAGACCGCUGCACUAGCGGCCGAACACGGCAAGACCUUUGCAAAGCAGUCGAUGGGUUCUUUCGGCAUCAGUGCCAGCAACGUGUUCUCAUUCCAACCAGUUUUGGGAUUGAGUACGGCGGCCUCUGAGAAAAGUGCGACCAUGACAUGCCAUUGCGACACCUCAGCUGAGUAUGGUGGUGCUGACUUCCGGGAUCCUUUUGCACAACGCCUCAACAGCAAGUUUUCAACAUAUCUGACGCAUUUCUUGCUGUUUGCGUUUCCAUCAAAGUCUUAUGCCACGUUCGACAAUAUCUUGGUUGGCUUACUGACAACAAUUAUGGAUGAUUUGGCCGUGGCUUGCAAAGAGGGGAUCAUGUCUGGUUGUGGACAACGUUUCUACCCAGCAUGUGUUGGUUUCAAACUGGACAUGGAGUGGAUGGUGAAGGUGGGUUCCUUGGUAAGGAAGGCUGGUCUCCGAAAAACCAACAACUCCUACGCUGGAUUGUUGCUGGUGCCAAAGGUGGCUUGUCGUUUGGGCAAGGGAUCCAUGGUCAUGGUCGUGAUCUCUGAUCUCGCAGCGGCAGAUGCGGAGAACCUUUUCGCCUUGUAUGAUUUCGAUGGCAUCUCUUUGCUGCCUCGCGGAGGUCUCACCGAUGCCCAGAAGUCCUACGAGACAUUGGGCUCGAGAAGGAACCAUGACGUGGUCUCUGAUUCGACUUGGUCACGAAAGGAACUCGGAGCUGACCUUCCAGCUUUCGCACGUGUUGCCUUUGAUUCCCAUUCCGCAGAUUCGCAUUUCCUCUCGCCCAAUGAAUUCAAACAGCUCUACUACCGCUUGAUGCACCGCUAUCCAACUUUACUUCCAAGGACCCCAGCCCUGAGGGUGACCGUCUAUUCGGCCAAGAAUUUGCCGCCUGCAGAUGUCAAUGGGAAAGCCGAUCCCUACUGCACGAUGCAGCUGGUAGGAAAGCCGCACAUAAAGACAAGGACAAGGCACUUGGAAAAGACCUUGGAUCCCAGGUGGGGCGAAGAGCUGACUGGAUGCUAUGUUUACCAGGAGGGCGAUGAUCUCCACUUUGAGGUGGUCGACUAUGACAGGGGGGCCCUGCAGGGUGACCUCAUGUGUAGUUGCAUCGUGCCCAACAAGGAGUUCCAUCGGACCGGAGGCUUUGAUGGUGCCUGGCCGAUGACCUUGGCUCCAGAGCUGGCCAAGUUGAAGGGUUACAAUCCAACCCUUCGACUUCGUAUCCAAGUCACCGCCUUUCCAGAGCCUCCACCACGGAUGACCAUUCUCGUUCGUCAUGCUGAAGGUUUGCCUCCUGCAGAUGCAAAUGGCAAAUCUGAUCCGUUUUGCUCUCUGCAGCUGGUCGGAAAGCAGUUCUCCAGGUCGACCACAACGAUCAAGUCCAGAACGCUUGAGCCGGUCUGGAAUGAAACCCUGACAGAUAAGCACAGAUACGAAGCUGGAGAUAGCCUUUCCAUCAAGAUCUGGGACUACGACAAAGCAGCGAACAAUGACCUGCUUGCCGAGGGCAUUCUGGAUGGCAGCCACUUCCACAAGCCAGGUGGCUUCGAUGGGGAGUUCAAUCUGCAGAGCUGCGAGCCAAAGUAUUCACCCGUGAUCAGCAUCAAAGUCCUGGUUCGCGAGGUGGAGGAGGCCCAAGAAUUUCUCCAAAAACUGGAGAGAAAGAAGAGCCCUUAA